AUGGUGAAUGCUUAUCGUGGUAUUGUGUCAAAUCAGUUUGAUCAUAGCAACUACUCGUGUUCACACACCCAACUCCAACAGACAUCACAUUUCCAAAUUAUUACUGAUCUGGAAGAUGGAAGCUAUUUUCUUUAUGGACUACCCCUUCCGUCCCAUAAUGCUGUUUUCCCUCUACUGGAUGGUAAAGACUUAGUCUUUUGCAUGCUUGUAUGCCGCCAAUGGUGCGAAAUUGCAAAGGAUGAUUACUUCUGGAAAUGCAUCUGCUCACGGAAAUGGCCUUCCAUCUGCAAACAGCCUCCUUCUGACACAAACUUCCAAAAGCUCUAUUUAACGUUCUCCAAGCCACGGAAGACAGUGCACCUUCCUGUACCUAAGCUCACUUUUGAGGAUCUGGUGUUUUACAUUGACAUGUGGCUUGAGGGAUCACUAAUCUUCUCUCAAGCAGUUUCAGGCUGCAUUCUUCGAGCAGGUUUACAGAACACACCUGGCGGCAUACCAGAUGUACUUGUUGCACAUCUGAAUGCCGCAGACUGCAUUUUGAUGAUGGAAGUCAAACCCAAGCUGACAGUCCCUAUGGGGCCAGCCAUCACCGUGUCUGUUCUUGCCCACCGCAAGGACACCAACAAGAUGACUUGCAUAAUCAACACGUCGAGUUUUGAUUACAUUGACAGCAAUGCAGCACGGGCGUUGGCAUAUGAAUAUCUCAGGUUUUCGCCCAGACACCCUUUCAUAUCAGACAUCCGGGCCUGGAUGUCCUUGCUUUUCCUGUAUAAAGGAACAAACUCUAUAGAGGUAUUUGGUAUUGAACUAGAUUUUUGUGAUGCGGCAAGGUCCGAGCCUGAGAUCUUGUGGCUCUUAGACAUGCUUGAUUGGAAAUAG